AUGACAAAGGAUAGAUUAGCAGCCCUUGUUGCGGCUCAAAGUGACGAUGAUGAUGUUGGGCCCGAUGAUGUUGCCGUCAAUGUUGAAGGCAGAGACGGCUUCAUGGACGCAUUUUUUGGAGAGGUGGAAGAGAUACGUGACAUGAUAGAUAAGAUUCAGGCCAAUGUUGAAGAAGUCAAGAAAAAACAUAGUGCCAUUCUGUCAGCACCUCAGAGUGAUGAAAAAACGAAGCAAGAGCUGGAAGACCUAAUGGCCGAUAUCAAGAAAACUGCCAAUAAAGUCCGUGCCAAGCUAAAGGUUAUAGAACAAAAUAUAGAACAAGAAGAACAAAAUACCAAAUCGUCGGCGGAUCUGAGGAUACGAAAAACCCAACAUUCCACGUUAUCCAGAAAAUUCGUAGAAGUUAUGACUGAAUACAACCGAACGCAGACGGAUUACAGAGAAAGGUGUAAAGGAAGGAUACAGAGGCAAUUAGAAAUCACUGGUAGGCAAACAACCAAUGAGGAGUUAGAAGAGAUGUUAGAACAAGGAAAUCCCGCAGUGUUCACCCAAGGUAUUAUAAUGGAAACUCAACAAGCAAAACAGACUUUAGCGGAUAUCGAAGCGAGACAUGCCGAUAUCAUCAAGUUAGAAAAUUCAAUUAGAGAAUUGCACGACAUGUUCAUGGACAUGGCGAUGCUCGUAGAAAAUCAGGGCGAAAUGAUCGAUCGCAUCGAGUACCAUGUCGAACACGCAGUGGAUUACGUACAAACGGCCACCCAAGACACUAAAAAGGCUUUACGGUACCAAAGCCGCGCCAGACGG